AAGACUCAGACCGGGACCAAGACCGGGAUCAAGACCAGGAUAAAGACCAGAGUCUGAACUAAUAUCAACGCUAGGAUCAAGACGGGGAUUAGGACCAGGAUUUAAACCAGGCUCUAAACCAGGACCAGGAUCUAAACCAGGACCCGGACUGGACUGAGGACCAUGGGGCUUCUCCAGGAGACUCGUAAGAAGAAAAAGAUCAUAGCGGUGGUGUUGGCGAUCUCAGUGGUCACCCUGAUCCUUGGUCUCGGUCUGGGACUGGGUCUGGAGCUGCAGAGGUGGAAGGACAAAGUGGUCCCUCAGACGUCCUGCAGGGGGCGCUGUUACGAGCCCUUCGAUGGAGAGGUUCCAGGUUGUCGGUGCGAUUCCAACUGCAACAACACCAACAGCUGCUGCUUCGACUACUACGAUAUCUGCACACAACCAGCGCAGCAGUGGGAGUGCACUCGGCUGCGCUGUGGAGAGAAGCGACUUUCCAACAGCAAAUGUCACUGUUCAGACGACUGCGCCGCUAGCGGAGACUGCUGCACCAACUACAACAAUAUAUGUAAAGGAGAGAAGCUGUGGGUGCAGGGCGACUGUGACGACCUGUCCUCCCCCCAGUGUCCACCAGGGUUUUCAAAACAGCCACUGCUCCUCGUGUCUCUGGACGGAUGGAGAGCCGAGUAUCUACAGAGCUGGAGCAAACUGGUACCAGUGAUCGACAAACUGCAGAAGUGUGGCACCUCGGCUCCGUUUAUGCAGGCGGCAUUUCCCAGCAAAACUUUCCCCAACCACUACACCAUAGUUACAGGCCUGUACCCCGAGUCCAACGGCCUCAUCGACAACAGCAUGUACGACCCGGACAUGGACCUGUCCUUCAGCCUGUCCAACAGCCAGAAGGACAACCCCGCCUGGUACCACGGACAACCGGUCUGGCACACGGCCUCGUAUCAAGGUCUGAAGUCUGGGACUUUCUUCUGGCCUGGAUCCGACGUCAAAGUGAACGGCAGCUUCCCCGACAUCUACAAACCCUAUGACGGUAAAGUCCCAUUUGAAGAGAGAGUCUUCACUGUUCUGAAAUGGCUCCAGCUCCCAGCCGACCAACGUCCCGACUUCCUGACGUUGUAUUUAGAGGAGCCUGAUAAAUCUGGACACAGCUAUGGUCCGGUCAGUGGAGGGCUGAUAGAAGCUCUUCAGGGGGUGGACCUGAUCCUGGCUCAUCUCAUGAACGGUCUGCAGCAGCUUGGCCUUCAUCGCUGCGUCAACAUCAUCAUUGUCGCCGACCACGGUAUGGAGGAGACGAGCUGUGAGAGGAAGGAGGUUCUUCAGGACUUUGUGGGAGACGUGAGCAAGUUCUGGGUCACUGAGGGGCCCUUCGGACGAGUGAGGGCCAGAGAUAAGAACACGCCAAUCGACGCAGCCGGACUGGUCGCCAGCAUGACAUGCCGCAAACCGAGGCAGAAGAUCCAAGCGUUCCUCAAACAGAACCUCCCCAAACGUCUGCACUUCGCCCACAGCCGAAGAAUCGAAGACGUCUCCGUCCUCGUCACAGCACAGUGGCUCUUUGAGAGAUCUCCUGGAUCUCUGACCUUUUGUUCUGGAGGGAAUCACGGUUAUGACAACGACGUGGAGAGCAUGCACGCCAUGUUCCUGAGCUAUGGGCCCAAGUUCAAAUCUCAGACUGUGGUGGAACCAUUUUCCAACAUCGAGCUGUAUAACCUCAUGUGUGACGUGUUGGAGAUCACUCCGGCUGAGAACAACGGGACCCACGGCGCUCUGAACCACCUGCAGAGGAAACCCUUCUUCAACCCGCCCUUCCCCCCAGAACUGAGUCCUGCUCUGAACUGUCCCCUGACCGGCCUGGACCCCCCCGGACCCCUGGGCUGCUCCUGCGACCUGCUGUCUGACAACAGCAUCAACAACAGACUCAACCUGACCUCAGAACAAGUGGUUGCUUCAGAAAAGAUCCAUCUCCCGUUUGGACCUCCAGCUCUGCUCCAGGAGGGUCAGAGUCACUGCCACCUACACCAUGACGGCUUCAUCAGCGGGUACAGCCAGGACAAACUCAUGCCUCUGUGGACAUCCUACACGCUUCCCAAACCUGCCUCUCCUGGUCCCUUGGGUCCACUCAUCUCAGACUGUCUCCGUCCUGACGUCCGGGUUCCUCCAGACCAGAGUUCGUCCUGUGAGGUCUACACCUCCAAGAACAUCAGCGCUGGCUUCCUCUUUCCUCCAAAUCUGAACUCUUCAGCAGAGCAGCAGUUUGACGCUCUCACCACCUCCAACAUCGUCCCCAUGCUCCCGGAGUUUAAGAAGAUCUGGACUUACUUUCACAACACUCUCCUCCCGAGAUAUGCGUGGCUCUACGGAGGACUGAACGUGGUGACCGGUCCAGUGUUCGAUUAUGACUUCAAUGGACGAUAUGACUCCUCAGACCAGAUCCUUCAGUUCGUUCCGGGCUCUAGAAUUCCUGUUCCGACACAUUUCUUCAUCGUCCUGACAAGCUGCUCAAACUCAUCGUUUUCAGUCCUGAGCUGUGACCAACCACUGCAAACACUGUCCUUCAUACUGCCCCACAGAGCCCCGACAGAGAACUGUGAGAGCUCGGGGGCAGAGUCUGUGUGGGUGGAGGACCUGAUGUGGUUCCACCAAUCACGCGUCAGGGAUGUGGAGUGGCUCACGGGAUUGGACUUUUAUCAGGGCAGCUCUCGACCAAUCCCAGAACUGCUGCAGAUGAAGACCCGCCCCACCGCCGACAUCCACCGAAAACAAGAGCAGCCGCCAUUUUAGGACUGUACAGGAGGAAAUAGAGCUGAAGCAGGCCUCCCGCUCCCCAGGCCAGGCGUCCGGACCCGUCGGAGCGUUGGAGGGGGUUGGCGCGCUCAAUUCGGGAGUCCGAGCCUGCCUUCCCAUGAUGCAUUUGGAAUAGUUUGUUUGCCUCUUCUGUCUAUGUUUGGACCCGUGUUCACGUUCUCACCAGAGGGAUGGCACCAGAGUUUGGCAUUUGGCAUUUUGGACCGAGACCAGCUCCUUUUUGAGGUUUCGGUCCGUUUGAUUAAGUGCAGAUCCGAGCGUGACUGAAGCUUUCACAAGAACGAAAACCAACUCAACUAAAAGCUUCUGGUUCCAAUGGAAUGUUUGGUGCACCAACUGCUGCCAGCGUGAGUGCGCCCUAAGUCAUUUUCUUUUGUUAGAAUUCAAAGAUAAUUUAAACACAAUUAUUCUUCUGCCUUUAUAUUUGUAUGUAUAAAUUAUCUGUAACACACUGAAUAAAUGCUGA